AUGGUCAAGUUAUACACUCAAACUGUCCCCGACACGUCCGGUGGUGCCAAAGUCAAUACCGUCGACAUCCUUAUCAUCACGACAGUGCUAUUCUUUAUGAUGGUCGUGGCUGUCAUUGCUUCCAUCCAAGCUGGCGAAAGUCACUUGGCCAAGUAUUUCCCGUGCAUUCGUCCAUCGAAACGCAAUGUGGACCAAGUCUCAAGAUCAUCGGACGACUCCUAUGUGGUUUCGGAUGCGACACCAACCAAGAAACUACCUGCUGGUGACGAACGUGGCUCAACAAUAUCUCAACGUCGUCCUUCGGCCUCGUUAAUUGCUCGCGACGGACCGGAUAACCAAGUCAAUGAGAUGUCCAACUUCUUCUUGGCUGAUCGCGGCAUGCAAUGGUAUUUUGUCGGCGGAGCCCUAUUUGCCAGCAACGUUGGUGCUGAACAUUUUAUCGGUAUGGCUGGCGACGGAGCUCGUCGCGGUAUUGCAGUGGCCAUGUACGAGUGGUACGCUGCAAUUUUAAUCUUGUGCUUGGGCUGGAUCUUUUCACCUAUUUAUCGCCGCUGUGGCGUGUACACGACUCCGGAAUUCCUGGAAUACCGCUUUGGUGCUCCGUGUAGACACUAUUUGUCACUCAUAACAGUCAUUAUGUAUGUAUUGACGAAGAUGAGUGCAAGUAUUUAUGGCGGUGCAGUCGUCUUCCAAGCAACUUUAGGGUGGAAUCUGUAUAUCGGUGCAGGCGUCUGUAUUUCUCUGAGUGCUAUGUACAGCAUUGCCGGUGGUCUUCGUGCUGUUAUGUACACGGACCUUUUCCAGAUGUGUGUCUUCAUUUUGGGUGGCUUCGUGAUCUUUUCGUACUCCAUGAACCAGAUCGGCGGCUUCGAAGGCAUCAGGGAAAACUUGGCCAACCAGGGCCGCUCAGACUGGUUCCACCUUUGGAAGCCAACAGACGAUCCGGAUUACCCUUGGACGGGUAUGAUCUUUGGUCAGCCCGUCGGGUCGGUAUGGUAUUGGUGUAUGGACCAAGAUCUUGUUCAGCGUGUUCUGUCUGCUAAGGACACAGCAAACGCAAAGGCUGGCUGCUCGCUCGCCAGUAUGCUGAAGGUGCUUCCGCCGUUUUUAAUCAUCAUCCCGGGUAUCAUUGCUAGCAUCUAUUUUGACUUCAGCAAGAUUGAAGAAGGCACUGACGCCGCGUACCCCACACUACUUACCGAAGUAAUGCCGCAUGGUAUUGUUGGUGUGAUGAUUUCUAGUAUCAUCACCGCUAUGAUGUCGAGUUUAGCUUCCGUGUUUGCUGCGGGUUCGUCUGUUGUCACCAACGACAUCUAUCUCAAUUUUCGACCGGAUGCUUCACACAAGCAGCUCGUGUGGGUCGGUCGCAUGAGUAUUAUCGCCUUUGCGGUGCUCAGUUUUUGCUGGAUUCCUAUUAUGCGCAAUGGAACAGGUCUUUAUGAGCAGAUUGUUGAGAUUCAAAGUUACUUGACCCCUCCCAUCGGCAUUGUGCUCGUGCUUGGUGUUACCUGGGAGUCGGCUAACGUGUACGGAGCAUUCUCUGCUAUGGUUGUCGGCGGCUUGCUAGGUUUCUCACGUCUCAUCUUCGUAACGAUCAAGGGCGACAGUAUGGAUGGUGAUCUACCCGGAUUCUUGAAUACGUUCUUCUACAUGAACUUUCAACACUUUGCCCUGUUACUAUGGGUCACCGCUAUGGUUGUAUGUGUCGUGGUGAGUUUGCUGACAAAGCACAAGAACCUUCCGUCAGCAGAGGUGCGUAAGUAUAUGAUCCACUGGGACGAGGUCUUUAAACUCGACGCUACAGAGCUUGUCAAGCCCAUGUGGGUGAACGUACUUGUAGCUGGUAGUGGUCUAGCUGCUCUUGCUGUCACGUUUACAUUGUGGAUCUAUUUUGCGUAG